GUGUCGCGCGCUCGCCCUUCUUCCCUCGCGCGGAGGAGCGGCCUCGCCUGACAGGAAGCCCGGCCUCGCUUUACGGCCGCUGGAUGAGGAGGAGCGGCGGAGGGGAGCGGGAGCCGCCGCUGAGGGGAUUUGGGGGACAUGGCCGAGGUUCCGCCCGGGCCUAGCAGCGUCCUCGCCCCGCCGCCGGGAGACACCGCCUCGCUCCUCGCGCCUUUCCCGGGAGCCGCCGCCGAGGAGGAAGAGGAGGAGGAAGAAGGCGAAGGCGGCUGCGGGGCCGAGGCCGGGCAUGAGGGCGAGGGCCCCGCCUGCCGCCGCCGGCCCUGCCCGCCGCACCGGCGCAACCACCAGCUCAACGGCCUCAUCGCCGCGCCGGACCUGCGGCACCUGCGCACCUCCCUGAAGGGCAAGAUCCUGGGCAGCAGCAGCAGCAGCGAGAGCGGCCAGGCCAUGGGGCGCGGGCAGCAGCCCCAGCAGCAGGAAGGGGGCCAGGAGCCGCCGCCGCCGCCGCCCCCCGCCUCUCUCAGCAACCACCACCGGGUGCCCCGGCCCCAAGCAAGGACCGCACAGCCCCAGCAGCAUCCCCACCGCCGCCCGCAGGCGCCUGCCCCCUCGGCUGGGGACAGGAACGGGGUGGCCGGCGGGGAGGAGGAGGACGACGAGGAAGAGGAAGGCCAGGCGGGGGGAAGGGAGGAGGAGUCGCUGCUUCUCCUCUCCCGGUCCUUGGCGUCCAGCUGCAGCUUGCAGAAAAGCCCCCCCACGGACUCUUCCUGGGCUCCCCAGGAGGAGGAGGAGACGUCGGGGGACCUCACGAUACGAUACGUCCGCUACGAGUCAGAGCUGCAGAUGCCUGAUAUCAUGAGACUGAUCACCAAAGAUCUGUCUGAACCCUACUCCAUUUACACAUAUAGGUAUUUUAUCCACAACUGGCCUCAGCUUUGCUUUUUGGCAAUGGUAGGAGACGAGUGCGUAGGUGCCAUCGUUUGCAAGUUGGACAUGCACAAAAAGAUGUUCCGCAGAGGUUAUAUAGCCAUGUUAGCCGUGGAUUCCAAAUACAGAAGAAAAGGCAUAGGUACAAACUUGGUUAAGAAAGCUAUUUAUGCCAUGGUAGAAGGAGAUUGCGACGAGGUCGUCUUGGAAACAGAGAUCACCAACAAGUCUGCGUUGAAACUUUAUGAAAAUCUCGGCUUUGUGCGAGACAAGAGGCUGUUCAGAUACUAUUUAAACGGAGUGGAUGCGUUGCGUCUUAAACUGUGGCUGCGUUAACGGAGCGGCGGCCGUCAAGCCGCCCCGAGGACUCAUCUUCCCGACGACACUGCAGCUGCCGUGUCCUUUGCAUGCAAUGCAAUCUUGUGUGGAAUUGCUUUGCAGGUGGACAUAACACCCACGCAGUCUUUUUCUCUGUGAGCGUCUCCAUCGAGCGUCGCCCCUCCAAUCGCUGCACUGUGUGGCUUGGCGCAUUUUUGUUCUGACUUUCCAGCAGAUUGUUUCGGUCUCCAGAACCUUUUAUUUUUUUUGUUCCGGGUAACCAGGAAGAUGUGCCAGUUAGCUAGCCAAGAUCCAUUCUGUUUUCUUUUUUCGUUUGCAAGUCUACUGACUCCUAUUACAUAAAACGGUGAACACUCUCCGAGAACCUGUGUACGCAGAACAUUUUUUUAAAAAAAUUGUUCCAGGGAGAAAGAGAAGUGAGAAAAAAAGCCAAUCUAGAUUGUAAAAUUCUAUAAGUAUACUAACAUUUCAUACAAAACUCACCAUAGGGGUUUUUUGGGGGGUUGUGUUUUUUUUUUCCUGGGGGAAUUUUUUUUUUAAAAAAGGCUUCAACUUCUAGGUUUUAUUUUUUCAAUAUGAACUUUCCAUUCUUAAAUAUUGGUACCUCAGUGAUUAGUGAAUGAAAAACUGUAUUGUAGAGUGGGGUGUGUAUUACAUUGAGUACCGGUAACAAUUUAAAUUGCGUCUGCCAGUGCCUGUUUAGAUAACGUAUAUUUGUCUUCACUGCUAAGUUUUGGAGUGCAUGCUUUUUUUCUUUCCUUGAUUUCAUUUUUUUUGUCUUUGCAAGAACGGCUUUUUUAUUUAAAUUCUGGAAUUGAGAAUAAAUUAUUUCAGACUUCAUUAAUUUGGACACUUCUCCCCAGAUGAAGGCUUGAAAAGUCCUUAUAGCCAGGAAGUGGGGGAACGAUCUCGUGUAGCUGCUAAAAGGGAGUCUGAUGCACUUUUUUUUUCGUCCUUUAAUGAGAGCGAUGGAAUCUUUUCAAACACAAAAUGGCAAAUUAAUGCAAAUUGGGUUGAUAUUUUAAAAUCAAGAUUACCAUUAGACUAGCUAAAGAACCGUUGUUUUUUUUAAUGCAGUUGGGGCAAUUCAGUUUUGAUUUGGAUUCACGUUGACUUUGCUUCUGUGUUCUGAAAAAAAACAAACCCGCUUUGGUCUUCUUCAGUUCUUGGCGCAUCCGGUUUCAAGCUGUUUUUCAUUUCCUCCUCAAUUUCCACAAAAGCCAAAAGUCUUGCGGUUUUUAAUUUCCUCCUGAAAAAUUUGGCAGAGGUGUGUCCAAGGCUGGAUUCGAAUUCUCCCCCCCUUUCAAAUGGGAUCUACGUAGGCUUGUUAAAAAAAAAACAUUUUCCCACAGCAGUUCUGUCUGUCAGUGCAAUAUGUAAAACGAAAUACUUCUUGUGAUGGUUCAGCAAUGACAGCGUUGGUAUAUAAUAACCUGUAUCUAAAAGCCAGAAGAAACCUUAGGUGACUCAUGGAAAAUUGCUUCCUUCAUACUGGGAGGGAAACCUUCAGAAUUCAACUUUGCCUUACUACGUUGUGUGUUAGGGAUUUCAACUUGUCAUGUUGUAAAAGUGGUUGCAGUUGCUGUACCUUUUGAGAGAGGACUUUGCUUCCAGUCACACUUCAGAGAAAAAGACCCGUUCUGGACAGCUAAGUUUGUAAGGAAGGCCAUCCUUAUUUUGCACAGACUUGAGCAUCUCCCCCCACUAUGUAUAAGUUGUGAAUUGUAUUUGGGAAAAAAAUAAAGGAUUUUAAUUUAAAACAGGCA